AUGAAUAGUGCCGAGCGCAUUAGAUUUCAUCGUCAAAGAAUUCUUGACAUUAGUGGUCGCCUUAAAUAUAUAUGUGAAGCAAAUGCAGCUGCUGGACAAAUUGAAAGUACUGAUAAUAUGAAUCAAGAUAAUAAUCUAACAUAUGUUAAUGAUGAACAAAUCGAUAAUGAUGCAAUCAACAAAUAUUUUGAUGAAAUCUGUGAAGUAAACGACAACGAAAAUGAAUAUGAAGAAUUAAAGAACAACAAUAGCAAUAAUGAAUCUAAUUCUUGUUCUGAUAUUGAUAAUAUGAAUCGAAAUGAUAAUUUAACAUAUGUUAAUGAUGAACACAUCGAUAAUGAUGCAAUCAAUGAAUAUUUUGAUGAAAUUUAUGAAGUAAACAACAAUGAAAAUGAAUAUGAAGAAUUAAAUAGCAGCAAUAGCAGUAAUGAACAUGAUUCUGAUUCUGAUCGUGGUAUUGAUUUUCGAACAGAUACUGAAGAUGAAGAUGAUAAUAAUAAUAACAUUCCUCUUUAUCCGAAUAGCUUUAAAACUCUUCGUCAAGCUUAUACAGCAAUAAAAGCAUUUAUUAUUAAGUGUAAUUUGACGUUUACACAUAUAUUAUAUUUAAUAUCGUUGUUACUCUUCUUAUUACCCUCUGGUCAUCGUUUAACUCGAUCAGGUAUAGUUAAUGCCGCUGAUGGAAAAUGUUUAUCUACAUGUAUUCUUUACGGGAGUAAAAGGACAGCUGACUCUUUAACUGAAUUGUGUAUAGCUAAUGUGUUUGAUCGAACUAAAUGCGUUGUGAAACGUAAUCUAUCAUUAAUAUUAGAAUAUCAAAAACGUGCUAAUCAUAUUUUACCUAACGACAUUGUCAAUAGUUCCGUGUAUAAUAAACUACAUCAAGAUAGUAAAUAUCAUCGUUUAACUUUAAUGAUUCAUUGUGAUGGUAUACAGAUGAUUACAACUAAAUCAAAGAAGUUUUACGUUGUUACUGGCACAUUGUUAGAAAUUCCACCACCACUUCUUCGUCAAGAUUAUUUUGUGGAAUUUAAAAAAAUUUAUCUAAAUGUAUUUAAUGAAACAAUAACUACUGAUUUUCCAUUAUUUUGUCGUUUCGUUCGUGGCACACUUAAAUUUAAUUCGUUAAUGUACAGCAGAAUUGGUUCCAGAUUAAGCAACAUCGUUUCCUUUAAAGAUAAUCGAUGUCCUGUGAACAAAUCCAAAUGUUUUGGUAUUAUAAUUUGGUAUUUUAACUAUCAUUCAGAAAAUUAUGCAUUUAUUAAACGAUUAACAUGUACAAAUGCUGUAUUAAGAACUCAACGUAAUGAUCAGUUUGCAACUGUAGCACAUGAUUUUAUCGAUCGUUUUUAUAAUCUUAUUGAUUUAAACGUGUUUAAAUUAACUAUUGUCAUGAUAUCAAGAACAAAAGCUAUUACUCAUGUACUAUUCAAGACUAGAACCAACGAUGAAGAUAUGAUUGCACCAUUAGACAAAUGUAAUAUUACAAAUGAUGAUACAGUUGAAUAUCGACGUGGAGAACACGUUUAUGAAGGUCCAUUAACAACAGUUGGUCCAAAAUCAUUUUGUGAUAAAUUGUUGAAGAAAAUGAGUGGUCAUUCGACCGACUACUUAUAUUCCUCAUUGCCAGAUGAUGAUGAUGAACAAGAUGAAGAUGAUGGUUAUUUAAAUGGUGCAAAAAGUACUCAAGGUCUGAAUGUAAUUGCCGGUUCAAUAGGAUCAUCUUCUAUCAUUCAAAUAAAAUCACCGACUACUGCUGUGAGUACUAAUGAUUCUCAUGUGGUACAAAAUAUUGAACCGACCACAUUGUCAUCUGCUGGAAAUUAUUCAUUAGAAUCAACAUCAAUUCAAAUGAUCGAAUCUAUCAAUUUUGCUCCUAUGGCGUCGAAUGAAGUUUCAAUCGAAAAUUUACCUGGUGCAUCAACAAUGUCACCAUUAUCAGCAGCCACAAAGAUUCACGAAUCUGAAACUUGUGAGAAAGAAAAUCGAAAUGUUCAUACACCUGUCUCAAAGAAACGCUCAAUUCCACUUCUACCAUCAUCAUCGAAUAAACUUUCUCCAGGUAUGCGUUUUAUUUCUCUUUAUCGUUUUUAA